CGACGCGUUCGCAACUCGUCAAGCGCCCGAUGACGUCGACGAAAUCAUUUCACGGCCCGCGAUCCGCACCACUCAGAGUCAAUGUAUCCUGAUGACCCUCCGUCCUGCGCACGGUCAUGAGUGCCUACCGCGGUAUACGGCUCGUCACCUUUGACGCCCUGCACACCCUCAUCACACCCCGCGCUCCCAUCCACGUCCAGUACUCCAACACAUUCGCGCCCUAUCUCGGCGUCCUCGAUCCAGAUGCGCUCAAGCGAUCGUUCAAGACGGCACUCAAGGAGAUUCACAAGUCGGACCUGACGUACGCCAAGGGAAGUCAUACAUGGUGGGGGGAGGUCAUCAAGAGGACGGCGCUGGAUGCAGGUGCCGAUCCACAAGAUGUCGACAAACACUUGGAUGAGAUCGUACCUCGCUUGCUGAAGGUGUUCAGCUCACACGAAGGAUACAAGGCCUUCGACGACGCGCUGCCCGUCCUGACGCGUCUGAAGGAACUGGGCAUAAGCACCGCCGUCGUCAGCAAUGCAGACUCCCGGAUGCACAUGGCCAUUCGCGACCUCGAGCUGUCACCUUACUUGGGCCCCAUUGUGCUCAGUGAAGAAGCCAAGAUCGCGAAGCCCUCAGCGGAUAUCUUCCUCGAAGCCAUGCGUCACGUUGACCCAUCUAUCAAGCCUGAGGAGUGCCUACACGUCGGCGACGAGCUCGAAGCCGACUACCGCGGCGCAACGGCUGCUGGCAUUCACGCAUUGUUGCUGCGCCGGCCAGGCGACACUGAAGCGCACGUCGAAGAAGGCGAAAACCUGGACGGCGUGCAGACCAUCCAGAACUUGCAGGGUGUCUUGAAAUGGCUGGGAGCAUAGCUCGGGCAAACGAGGGGCGACUAGCAUGGCAUCCAUGUCGUGUAGUAGUAGCGGUACGUGCAGUGCAACACAUGAAUGGAAAUGAUAGAACCGGGACGCGAGCACUUCUAUCCCGGAGCGGCUGGUGAGGGAAGUUGAGGAACUGGUUAAGGGUCGACAAGGUCCUCCGCCGUGAGGUUGGAGCCCUUCAUGACCUUCUUGCCCUCCGUCGCGAGCUCCUCCGGGCGUUCCGCUAGCUUGAGCACCGACCAGCGAAUGACACGGGGGUCCUGGCGCAUGAUGCCGUUCAGGGACCUGAGCGUCCGUGGCGCGGUGUCGAAGUGCAAUGUCCAAUAGCUGUGAUCGCGCCGAAGGGAUGGUGGUUCAUGGGAAGUGCAGCGUUUUCGAGUGAGCGUUGUACAGACGAGCGGUGUAGAAAGCGCAAGGAGGUAGGGAGAAAGUCGCUCAGCAUACAGCCCUUUCCACAAAAAAAC